AUGGUUGGCCAAAACUCAGCCAGGCGAGCUGCGGGCGUGAUUUUGUCCAUGAUCCAGGAAGAAAAAAUUGCCGGGAGAGCCGUCCUGAUUGCUGGCCAGCCAGGAACUGGCAAGACAGCCAUCGCAAUGGGCAUGGCCAAGGCACUGGGCGAUGACACGCCCUUCACCAUGCUAGCGGGCUCGGAGAUCUUCUCACUGGAGAUGUCCAAGACUGAGGCCCUGACGCAGGCUUUUCGAAGGUCCAUCGGCGUCCGAAUACGAGAAGAAGCCGAGAUCAUCGAAGGAGAGGUCGUAGAGAUCGAGAUCGAGCGCCCGGCGAAUGGCCAGGCAGCGACCUUCGGCAAGAUGACCUUGAAGACAACAGAGAUGGAGACCAUGUAUGAUCUCGGGCAAAAGAUGAUCGAGACCAUCCAGAAGGAGCAGAUUCAGGCUGGGGACAUCAUCACAAUUGAUAAGUCCUCUGGCAAGAUCUCGCUUCUGGGUCGAUCUUUUGCCAGGUCACGUGACUACGAUGCCAUGGGUCCUCAGACCCGCUUCGUGCAGUGCCCCGAGGGCGAGCUCCAGAAGCGAAAGGAGGUGGUGCACACCGUGAACCUUCACGAGAUCGAUGUCAUCAACAGCCGGCAGCAGGGCUUUCUGGCUCUCUUCGCCGGCGAUACCGGUGAGAUCAAGCACGAGGUUCGGGAGCAGAUAGAUGCCAAGGUCGCCGAGUGGCGUGAAGAGGGCAAGGCAGACAUCGUGCCAGGAGUGCUCUUCAUCGACGAGGUGCACAUGCUGGACAUCGAGUGCUUCUCCUUCCUGAACAGAGCGCUGGAGGCAGACUCAGCGCCGAUCGUCAUCAUGGCCACAAACAGAGGGAUCACCAACAUCAGGGGCACAGACUACAAGAGCCCCCACGGCAUCCCCCUAGACUUGCUGGACCGCAUGCUGAUCAUCUCGACUCAGCCGUACACGCAGAAAGAGAUCCGGAAGAUCAUUGACAUCCGUGCCGAGGAAGAGGAUGUGGAGAUGACUGAAGAAGCCAAGGAGCUUCUCACGAAGAUCGGCACGGAGAGCACGCUGCGGUACGCAAUUCACUUGAUCACCUGCUCCAAUCUUGUUGCCAUGAAGCGGAAGGCACAGGAGGUUGACGUUCAGGACAUCCGCAAGGUCUAUUCGCUCUUCGUCGAUGUCAAGCGGUCCGCACAGUUCCUGAUGGAGUAUCAGCAGGAGUUCAUGUUCUCCGAGGUGCAUGAAGAGGAUGCCGAGAUGCCCCAGGCAAAGGAGAGCUGA